AUGAAAUGGGAAAAGAUAUGUUUUAGUUUAUUAAUACACCCUUCUUGUAAAAAAAUUUCUGGUGAAUUAAAGAAGUUAUUCAAUAACAAUGAACAGUUUGUUUUAAAAGUCUGGUGCUUUCUUGUCAAGUAUUUUGGCGAGGAACUACAUCAAGGAAGUUUUAUUAACAGUCUGUUACCACUAGUUGAAAUGGGCUUUAAAACUUUAGAGCCUGAUGUUAAACUCAUGUCUUUCAAAGCCUGGAAGGAAUUGAUUAAUAAUUUUGCCAUGAAUCCAAGUAAGUAUGCAUUUGCAAGAGAGAAGUUUGAAACAUGGAUAUAUUACAUCUGUAAAUUAGGUGUUAAAGCAUCAGUUAAUUUUGAUCAGGUUGUGGUGCCAUUGUUACAAUUCUGUACUGGUGGUAAUAAGUUAAAUACCUCAACAUCAUUCAUAUCCACACCAACUACACCUAGAUUUGGUGUUAAAAACACCCCCAUUUCAAUAGUUAGUCCUACGACACCUAGAUUGAGUAUUACAUCAACACCAUCACAGUUACCUACCUUUAAAACUCUCCAGUUGAAAGGAGUAGAAAUACUUGCACAAAUCCUUGGCAUGUCUAACUACAACUACACUACAGGUGAGCUUUCAAAUGUAACUAUGCCUGAUAUUAUAUCCAGUCCUAUGUUCUUCCUGAAACAGUCAAGCGUUUUAAUCUCCUGUUUAAGAGAGUUAGUUAUGAGCCUUGGCAAUGAAAUACCAGAAGAUCUUUUGCUAGCAACCUGGAGUGCUCUAGUUGGACAUGUUAAUGUAGCUGUGGAUAUCACACCUAAAUCAGAUCAUAGAGAAAUGUUCUCUUAUUUUCUUAGCCAGUUUCAGUUUAUAGCUCUAGUAGAAAAUAUCGCGCAUUUACUGCUGAGGAUGUUUGAUUCAGUAUGUAAUAUACCAUUAAAAGUUUUAUCAUCUAAUGUAUAUAGUGUAGGUAUGGGACAUAAUAUUGAUGUAUUCUUUCAGGGAACGCCUGCUUUGUUUUUAUGUGAAAUUUUACUCUCACCCAUAUUAAUGCAGUCUUUAGCUCAAAAUGAAAGGUAUAUGACUAUAUAUGGUAAACUAGUAAAUUGUGGUUUUACUAUAACUACUGGUACCCUACAGUUUAGUCAGAGUGUAGUAGAUAUCAUAGACAGACACAGUCAGUAUUUACCUAAUAUAGAGUCACUGUGGAGGUUGUGGAGCGUCAUAGCCAAUAGACUUUUAGAACAUAUUAUCAAGACUAGUGAAAUUAAUCAAGGAGAUUCACUGGAGUAUGAUUUUACCUGUUUAUAUACAGCUCUUAUAUUACCUAUUAAACAUAAAAUAGGUUCAAAAGUUUCACAGGCUGUAUGUAAGUCAGUAAUGAAGACUUGGUCAGAUCUCUACAGAUGUUUCAGUAGACAAGCUGCAUUAGUCACUACAGCUGAGGAUAAUGUGGUUUGUGAAGAUUUCUGCUCUCGUAUUAUUAACAGUCUAUCAACAGAAGAAUUUAAGCCCAGCUUGAUUGACUUCAUAGUACAAGUUUUACUAGUGGUGCUAGAUUGUGUUAAUUUCUCAGCAUUAUCUGGUGCUACAGCCUUUAAUCUAACAGGAAGUUUCAGUCCUGGUAAACGUUGGAUGAAACAUAAACAGAAACCACUAGAAAAUCUCCACUCCUUCCUCCAUUUAUUCACCGAUUUGUUAAAUAACUCAAUAGAUAUAGCUGAACAUACUCUCUCUGUUACAGUUGCCAUCAAUGGUUUAGUGGAUAUAGUAACAACAAUGGUUACCCAUACCACUAAUUCUAAUAUUAUCUCUAAUAUGUUUCAUAAAAUAGCAGAACCAGUAUCACGACUUUAUAGUUCUAGUACUAAUAAAAAUGGUACUAAAUUAUACACAUCUGCAUUCUAUCAAAAGUUAGAGAAGUUAUGGUUAGAUAUAUCCACUUGUUUACAAAGUCGAUAUACCAGUAUAUAUGAUUCAGACUUCCUAGCAAAAAUAUCAACUUUAUUAGAGGCAACUUUCUUACACCCUAGACGGCCUAUUAAAAAUCAAACUAUACUGUUCUGGAAUACUACAUUCAGCAAGUCUUCUACAUUGACUUAUCCUGAUAAUCUCAAAAAGGUACUGGUUAAAGUAAAAGAAAAGACACCAAUAAAUUUACCAGGAUGGGUAAAUGUAGAAACAACUAUUAUAGAUGAUACACCUGUUAGCCAGUCUCAGUUCAGUCAGGUAAAUAUAGAAACAACUAUUAUAGAUGAUACACCUGUUAGCCAGUCUCAGUUCAGUCAGGUAAAUAUAGAAACAACUAUUAUAGAUGAUACACCUGUUAGCCAGUCACAGUUCAGUCAGGUAAAUAUAGAAACAACUAUUAUAGAUGAUACAUCUGUAAGCCAGUCUCAGUUCAGUCAGGUAAUUAUAGAAACAACUAUUAUAGAUGAUACACCUGUUAGCCAGUCUCAGUUCAGACAGGUAAAUAUAGAAACAAUUAUUAUAGAUGAUACACCUGUUAGCCAGUCACAGUUCAGUCAGGUAAAUAUAGAAACAACUAUUAUAGAUGAUACACCUGUUAGCCAGUCUCAGUUCAGUCAGGUAAAUAUAUAA